CAGGAAAAAGGAAUUGUGAUCAACAAAGGAAACAAGAAGAUCCCACACGACCGUUUAAGGUUCCCCGGAUGGUAGGAUAUGACACAAGUACAGAAAACAGCCCCAACCAUGCACUUGGUUCUUUUGGAGUUAAAGCUCCAUUUGGUGAUAGUAACUGUGGAGCUUCAAUCUCCAAACAUGAUCAAACUGUCAUUGCCGCCCGAAGCCAAAGCAGAUCAGCACAUGCACCAGUUAAGUCUAUCACCAAUCGAGUGUUCAAAGAAGAGGGAUUAGAAGCUCCAUUUACAAUUCCAGAACUUGCACCCUUAUUCGCAGAGCCAGGUUCUACGACUCUCCCAGAACCAGAAGCCAACCCAGCAGCACUAGAUCAUGAAGAAUCUGAGGAAGAAUCUGAUGAUGAUCUUGAUGAUGAUGAUGAUGAUGCUGACAUUCCUUGUUUUUCUGAUAUCGAAGCGAUGAUACUUGAGAUGGAUUUAUGUCCACUGGAUCAGGAUUCAUACAUCAGCAGUGAAGUCUUAGAGUAUCAAAAUGAGGAUUCUAAAAGGAACAUCAUAAGGUUUGAACAAUGUGCACGAUCCUCUAUGCAAAGAACCCUUGCAUCUAAAGGUGCACUCGCAGUAUUGUAUGGUAACCAUAUAAAGAAGUACAUUAAGAAAACUGAGGUAAUAAUUGGCAGAUCAACAGAAGAUAACGAAGUUGAUAUUGACUUGGGAAAGGAAGGGCUACAUAACAAAAUAUCUCGGCGACAGGCUCUUAUAAAGAUGGAAGGAGACGGUUCUUUCUCUUUGAAGAAUCUCGGCAAGAGUUCAAUUUAUUUGAAUGGAGAAGAAGUUGCUACCGGACAACUUGUUAGUCUUGGUUCAAGUAAUUUGAUUGAGAUUAGGGAAAUGUAUUUUAAUUUUGAGACGAAUCACAAAUCUGUGAGGCAGUAUCUGGGAAGAAUCGGCCAAAAAAGCGAGGAUAAGUACACCAAGUUGGAACGGUCGCCCGAGGGAGGUCCAUAAGUGCAAAAUAGUAUGAAAGGUGCCCUUCCUUUUCCAAUUCUUUUCGAAUGGACUAUCCUUUGGUCAGUUAUACUUCGAUUAUUAUUAAAUAGGAGCAUCCUCACCCUGCCUGAUUAUAGAAUGUACAGGCAUUUUUUAUUUUACAUGUUUCAAUUUUUUUAAACUAGUUAGUUCUUCAGCCCGAAUGACGAAAAAUUGUAGUACAAAAUAAAAAUAAAUAUCAGUUUAUAGUGUAA